CCAAUACGAUUCUGUGAGCCACAGGCUAAAACUCCUUAGAUUGAAUGCUUGAGAGUUUAAGUGGAAUCAACUGCCUAACUGAUAGGAGGGUGAAAAAAGAAAUCAAAUCGUUUGCGAUUUCCAUUACUCUGUAAGGAAUAAUACUUUUUGUUUGUUUGUUUGUUUUACGACCCCAUUGGCUCCGUCUAAAAGAAUAAAGUGCAGCUAACUGUGCCCCAGCCUUCAGGUCCUCCCUCAAGUGCCUCACAUGAUCUGGAGGUCUCAGUGAGCCAGAGCGUGUGGAAUGCGCCGUGCGUAAAACAGGGAAAGCUGCCACUUCGAGGCGAAGUCGGACCAUGUGUCUCUUUACUUUCCUUGGCAUCUUUGUAGCAUGUACGGGCUACAUCAAUGGCCAAAUACCAUGGAGUCAAGAAAAGCUCUAUCACAAGGCGAGAACCCUGGGCUCCGGUGAUCUGACCAGCGUCUCAGCUCACACUGAUAUUGGCCGCAUGUGGGAAAAGGACCUGAGGCCCAUGUUGGUGGUGCGCUACCCAGGUUCAACAGGAAGCCAGUCGGUGCAGCAGCAUAUAAAAUCUGUCCUGGGUUCACUGAAGGCAGGCUGGGAGGUGACAGAGGAUCACUUCCAAGGCCAUACACCUUACGGCCAGAUGCCUUUCACUAACAUAAUUGCCACUCUCAACCCUGCUGCCAAGAGGCACCUGGUGCUGGCCUGCCACUAUGACUCCAAGUAUUACCCCCCUCAGUGGCAUGGGCGGGUCUUCCUGGGAGCCACUGACUCAGCUGUGCCCUGCUCCAUGAUGCUGGAGCUGGCCAGAGCACUGAACCCUGAGCUGGAGACUCUAAAGGACUCGGGGUCAGACCUGUCUCUACAGCUGUUGUUCUUUGAUGGAGAGGAGGCUCUGUUUCAGUGGUCCUCCACAGACUCAUUGUAUGGCUCCCGUCACCUAGCGCACAAAAUGGAAAGCAUUGCACACCCCCCAGGAGCCACUGACACAAACCAGCUGCAUGGCAUUGAUCUUUUUGUUCUGUUGGAUUUGAUUGGUGCUCCCAUGCCUCGCUUCGGUAACCAGUUCUCCAAUACUGCCAGGUGGCUUUCCAGGUUGCAGAACAUCGAGCGGCGUCUGCACGCCCUGGGCCAGCUGGAAGAUCACCCCAAUGAGGUGCAGUACUUCUGGCCUGGCCUUACUGUGGGCCCAGUGCAGGAUGACCACGUGCCCUUCCUCAACAAAGGGGUUCGGGUUCUUCAUCUUAUCCCCACGCCGUUUCCUUCUGUGUGGCACACCUUUGAUGACAACGAAGAGAACUUGGACCGGGCCACGAUCCACAACCUCAACAAGAUCCUGCAGGUCUUUGUGCUGGAAUAUCUCAACAUGAAAAGCCAGAAUCCACUCCCAGAUGCCCCUUAAUGGUCCCUUUCCUUCUGCCUAAUGCAUCAGUAUCAAUUGCGUCAACUCUGAAGUCCCAAAACCUCAAAAAGCUAACAUGGUCCUCCACACAACACAUGUUAGAAUUAGGCUUCACCUGCAUCAGAUGUGUACUUGUUGUGUGCUAUAUUAAAAGCUUUUUGUGUAUGGCACCACAUGGCCAAAUGUGUUUCCUGAGAUCCUUUUUCCUCAGCCUAUUCCUAAACCUUCAUAUUCUGAGGCGUGUACUCUGAGGUCCUUCAAAUAGGUUGUGUAACAAAUUGCACAGCUCAGAGUUAUUUCAGUGAAUAUCAGUCUUUAGUUUCCACUCUUGUGUAUGGAUUUUGUUGCAUCCAAAUGUUGCAUGUGUCUAAAUGAAACCAUGUCCAGGAAGCACUGUAUUUUAAAUCAGUCAUCCUACUAUCAGAGCCAAUGUGCCCUUUCUAUUUUGCAAAGCUUCUUUGUGGCAAUGCCUAUAUCUGUACCACAGAGAAAGGGAAACAUUUCUGUCUAAUUCUGUGAUCUGUGGCACAGAAAACUGUGAAUGGAAUAAAUGUCAAAUUAUUUUUAACAAAGGCUCUAGGUGGAAGCAGUUGGGUUUGUCCACCGUUUUGGUGUAAAGAACCUUUUGAAAAUGUUCCUGUUAUGGGUUAUUAAAGCUCAUUGUUCUGUCAGACACUAAAUAUGACCUCUAGCUUUAUGGGGCCUGUUUUCCUUUGAUUACAAUGUGGCAAUUAGUGCAGGGAAAGAAUGGAAGAGUGGGAUGGAAGGACAGAGAUAUUAGCCUGUGGCACUCAAUCGAAUUGUGAUGUGUCAAUCCUGAGGUUACUGAAAGGAGGAAUAAAUAACAACUUUAGCAUUAAACAUGGUUCUGGAAUGUCUUAAAUAUUAUAAUGUCUAUUUUUUACCAGUCAUCACCCUAAAAACUUUGGUUCUACAGAUGUUAAAUAGAUGUUGAAUUAAAACAUUAAAAUUGAA